AUGGGCUUUGACACUGUCAACGGUGUCGCUGCGCUGCAGCUGCUACGCCCAUCCCCGUAUUUAAUUACAGGUUGCGAGCGAAGGCACCUAACGGAGGCGGAGGCAGAAAGGCACAUCAUGACGAAGGCCGUGUAUUUGCCUCAGCCGCUGCCCACCAUGCGUUUUGCAGUUGUGCUGCUUUUCAUCUUUUUCCUUUUGUUGCAGACUGCAUUGGUGGCGAGCCUGCACCCGCCGUGGGGGUAUCGGAACGGCUUUGCCACUGCGACGAUUGUUGCCCUGGGCGUGUAUCCCAUUGUCACCGUGUCGUUACGAUCUACGGACCGAAUCUGA